CAUGGGACAUGUCCAAUAAACAUGGUAUUAACAUGGGAAAUGUUCAAAACACUUGGUAUUACUAUGGCCUCACAUGGUGACGGAGUACAUGGGCAUCAGGAACGAGAGCUUUAUGAAGAUGGCUGCUGUAGGAACAUGGAUGGGUGAUUUUGUGACAGCGUGGAUGGUAACAGACAUGAUGCUGCAGGACACUCAUUACCCGGACUGGGGCCGGAGCGCCAGACAGCUGUGGAGACACAACCGCAUCGUGCUGUUCCGGACGGUGUUGAUCUCUCUGACCUCUGUGGUGGUUCUGGUCAUCAGUACGGACUGGAUCAGGUGGGAUAACCUGAACCGCGGCUUCCUGCCGAGCGACGAGCUCUCCAGAGCGUUCCUGGCCUCCUUCAUCCUGGUCUUUGACCUCCUCAUCAUCAUGCAGGACUGGGAGUUUCCUCACUUCAUGGGCGAUCUGGACAUGAACCUCCCGGGCCUUUCCACCACGCAGCUGAAGAUCAAACUGCCCGUGUGCAAGCGCAUCUUUAAAGACGAGUAUCACAUUCACAUCACGGGGAAAUGGUUUAAUUAUGGAAUCAUCUUCAUGGUCCUCAUCCUGGACCUCAACAUGUGGAAGAACCAGAUCUUCUACAAGCCCUAUGAAUACGGUCAAUACGUAGGUCCAGGAGAGAAGAUCUACACCGUGGAGGAUCCGGAGACGCUGCGCAACUUCAACCGCAGCACGCUGACCUGGGAGUGGCGCUCCACCAACACUGACCCCCUCACCAACCGGACGUACGUCCAGAGAGACAUGUUCCUUCACAGCCGCUACGUGGGCGCUAGUCUGGACGUCAAAUGCUUGGCGUUCAUCCCAAGUCUGGCGGCCUUUGUGCUCAUCGGGUUCUUCAUCUGGCUGUUCGGACGCUUCCAAGACAGUGAGACGUUCCCUGAGAACCAAGACAAGAGCUACGAGCGCAUCAACCGGAAGUCUGCGUCUGAUCUGGGAGUCACGCCGGAGGAAGUGCACAUCACCAUGAGCGAGGCCUUGAAGAGGAACGGGACGCCCAUGCUGCUCCUGGUGGACACUCAUCAUUUCGGGUCAUCAAACAGCUCCAUGUCACCGUGUACGAACGAGACCCAGGAGACCCAACCCAGUGUAGCCUUCGACAGCGGCGCCCAUGAGGACACAGCUGAUGUCAAAAAGCUGACCCCGUGACCGUAGCCAAAGGUCAAACUCACUUCCAAAGUUGCUCUGCGUUUGAAGUCCUCGGAAAACCAUCACAGACUCUCCCUUGAAAUUUCUAUUUUUAUAUCAAGCAAUCUUGCACUGCGCACCAACUUUCUGAACUUCUUCCAUGUUCCUCAAGGACAUUGGCCUAAGGUGCUAGGUGUUUGAUUAUUCAAUGUCUUUUUUUAUGUAGAUACUCUUGUGCCUACAUGGAUGAAAUGCUGUCCUCACAGUGAACGCAUAGCAUGAUGGUUGUGAAGAUACUCGUAAUGAACACCUAAAGCUGUGCCUUUAUUAAAAAAAAAUAAAA